GCUGGGCCGGGAGUAUGAACCUCAGUGACUGGAAAAAUUUCGGCCACUUCGCUCUGCACCAUUUGGGCUGGUCUACUAUGGGCCCCACUCCAUAUCUGGCCCUCAGGCCAGUGGUGGCGCGGGCCAAGCGCGCGCCGCCCGCAGCGCUCUGCCAGGCUCUGCAGUACCACUGUUUACCUCCAGGCUUCAUAUCUCCCACUGCUUCUGGGCCAUGGCUUCUUUGGACAGACAAGCCUUGCUUGAACAAAAGCGCCGGCGGCUCCAGGAGCUCAAGGAACGGCGCACGGGCGUGGCCUUGGUCGACGCCACACAGCCCAACUUGGCGAUAGUGGAGCCCGAGGCUCCCCGAUCCAUGGUGGACUUUGCAGUGCAAGUUGACUUUCUCCAGCCAGCGCCGGCGCCACAAACCGCAGCCCCGAACAGCCAGCCCAGCGUCGCUCCUAACACCGAGUUCGAUCAGCCGCUGCCGCGGCCGCUGGUGAAGUUCGACAAAAUAAUACAGACGCAUUUCGAGCGGACUGUUGACUUGGGCCAUCUCCUUCCUAAGCGCCAGCCGCUCGGGCCAGCCGUGGAUCCUGGCGAGCCCGCGGAGCCUGAAAGGCUCGAGCCGGCAGCCACUUCCGGGCCCGACCUGGCCACGGAGACCAGGGGAAAAGUCGAGCUGUCUCUCGACGAGUUUCUCAGGGACGCGGGCUUCCACUUCUCGGACCUCCGUUUGGGGCUCAGGCACGAAGAGGCCAUUGAUCGGGAUGUCGUGGCCCCGUUCACUGUCACAAAGAGCGUGUCGGACUUCAUCUCCAGGCCGGUGGUUGCCGUGGCCGCCACGCCCGAUCACCCGGACGUGUUUCUAGCUGCGUAUGGCAAGCCGCACAAGAGCCCACGCUCCGGCAAACGCCCCCUGACCGCCCUGGCAGGCCUUGCCGUGUUGUUCAACAGAUCCUCCGACGCGAUUGUCCCGGAGUUCUUUCUCCAAUGCACCAGCUAUAUCCGCACGAUCAUGUUUGACCAAACCAAUCCGUUCAAGGUUUUCGCCGGGCUCGAAAACGGGCGCGUUGUGAUGUGGGACCUCGCGAGCGUCGAGCCCACGCGGGUGGCCGUGCUCCCGACGCUCCAGACAUCCACGGUGGCAUCUUCUGCCGUGAAAUCCCAGCAUAACUUCAUCCACCACAUCUCACCCAUCGUCUUGAUGACGCAGCUAAACACGGAGACCGCGCAGAGCUCAGGGAUCUUGAGCAUCUGCGAAGACGGAGUGGUCAAUCUCUGGUCGCCCAACUUCUUGGCUUUUCCCAAGAUCGCCUCUCUUAAGCUUGCAGACCACGACACAAGCGUGAAGAUCCCUUUCAAGCUCACAGACGCGCUCAUCCUGCUGGCGAUCUUGCGUGUCCACGAGCAAACAGGCCAUCAAAACCCACCGGAGUACAAUUUUCUCAACCUGACGGUGGCGGCCUCGAGGAACGGUACAAUCUACAAGCUUGUCAAUGCAAAGGAAAAAGCGUAUAUAAGAGCGAAGUUGGUCGAGGCUCCUGGCCACGAGCAGCCCUGGGCACGGGAUGUCAACUCCGUGGUGGAGCUCAAGUACAGCCCGGCGACCACGUUGUUGAUUUCCGCGCAUGCAGACUGGUCCUUGAAAUUGUGGGACUCGGAGUCCUGUCGAUUGAGGCACGUGCUGCCCACGUCGACGCUAGUGUCUACUAUAAUAGUUCGUCCUGGCCACAGCAGCCAGUUCAUCACCAUUGGCAAUGUGCGGCCACCGAAAAUCGGGCUUUUUGUUGAGUUCUGGGAUCUCAAGGCCAAGAUAUUGGGCCCCAUAUCCACCAUCCCCACCAGGGAAAAGAAGCUCGGCUCUGCUCUUUUCAACGCCGACGGCUCCGAAAUGGUUUUGGGGUAUGACGAUGGCGAGAUAGACAUCUUCAGUAUUGAAGAGUCACUUCUUUCGUCGCAAAUACAAUUCCAAACACAUCGCUCCGUGGACGAAGGCAUCGACAAGCUCUUGUCGGCUCUAUAGUCUUGUGUAUCGUAA